AUGCCGUUACCUCAGGCGGUUCCACAGCCUCAGGCUUUGCGCAACCUACGCGACGAACGCAACCUAGAACUCUGCGACGUUCACAAUGAUGUGAACAGCACACCGCCCGAUAUCUCGAUCACUACCAAGGCGGAGGAACCCGAAGGAAGCAGCCCUCGCGAUAAAAUAUCCAAAAUGAUUUUCAACCGUCUCAAGGAAGAUCAAAACAAACCGCUCUCUGACUGGCUUCUCUGUUACCUCUUUAACCCUGGGUUUACGUUCGACCUUGGAAGGAUAGGGAGCGCAUGGUACCGGAUUGUUUUCCACAUGAACAAUUUCGAAUACCCUGAAUACCCCGAGCCGGAUGCCGAGUCCUUACAGGGUCUUCCUUGGGCUGCCAAGGACUGGCUCGCACCCGUUUCUUGCGAACAAAAGGGAGCGGACGUAGACGGCGCGCUACCUCUUAAUCGAGAUGUCUUCGCUCUUGUGGACAAAAAUGAUAUAGCCAUGACCCCAACAUUGUAUGGCAACCAAUGUGGUUACAUUGAGCAGUCGACAACGGCUGAGGAGAAUUGGCACCCCACGAGAAUUAUUGUGUUCGUGAAGAUCGAUGCGAAGACUACCGAGCCUGAGGGUGUUUGGUACCUCGAUCCCACCAUGGUUGAGGGCAUCGAGGAUGAUUGCGACGAAUCGAUUCGACAUCAAGUCAUCAAGGAUCUCUCUGGAUCUACGGGCUCCGGCUACAGCUGCAUUACCAGCUCUCGCUUACCAGGCAAUACGUAUGAGACGGGCGCUCGGAAGGCAGAGUCUCGGAAGUUUGAUUCUCGGAAAGGAGUGUUCAAGGUCUACCGCGUGUUCACAGAUGAUGAGAGCAUUUGGAUCUGA